UGUAACUGCAAGAUGCAUCUUAAACAAUAACGAUUUUAAUAUCCAAUUAACGUGUUUUUUUUCUAUCGCCUGACAUGCAUCGGCCACAAAUUUACAAGAUUCCGGAUAAAGCCGCCAACAAGCCAAUUAAAUGAAAUCCCCCCAGCGGAAUUAUCGGGUAUAUAAAGAAGUCGAACUGGCAGCAACUGUACAGAAAACACAAUUUUCACCAUUUUAGUGAGCCGUAAGAACGUGACAGCUCGGAAAUGAAGCUAUUUUGCGUUGUUUUGGUUAUUUACGUUGUGGCUCUGACCCUCUUCGGUGUCGACGGACGUGGCGGGGGCACCACAAACGGAGCAGAGGGACCGAAUAUUGUCGGGAUGUUGAACCGGGCUCGUCGUGAUGUCUUUGAGGAAAACCUGUUAGCCAAUGAGCCUCCGCCACCACCACAACAAUUCCGCCAACGUCGUCAGGCUCCACCUGGAAUGCCGCCCCCACCGGACGGUCUACCAGCACCACCUCAGUUCAUUGUGCUCUAAAGGUAUCUGAAUGUAUAGCAUAAAGUUGGGCGUUUGUGCAUGUAAAAGGGAACCACAUCGAAGCUAAUAAAACUAGUUUGAAGCAUUCCAAAAAUUACAAAAA